CGGACGGACCAGGAGGGGCUGUUGGCCAAGGAGCUGGAGGACACCAACAAGUGGGGGCUCAACGUGUUUAAAGUUGCCGAGUACUCGGGCAACCGCCCACUGACAGUCCUCAUGUACAGCAUCUUCCAGGAGCGUGACCUGAUGAAGACCUUCCACAUCCCCGUCAACACCUUCAUCACCUACAUGCUGACGCUGGAGGACCACUACCACGCCGACGUGGCCUACCACAACAACAUCCACGCCGCCGACGUGGCUCAGUCCACCCAUGUCCUCCUCUCCACACCUGCGCUGGAGGCUGUCUUCACGGACCUGGAGAUCAUGGCUGCCAUCUUCGCCAGUGCCAUCCAUGAUGUCGACCACCCCGGUGUCUCCAACCAGUUCCUCAUCAACACCAACUCAGAGCUGGCGCUGAUGUACAACGACGCCUCGGUGCUGGAGAACCACCACCUGGCUGUGGGCUUCAAGCUUCUCCAGGAGGAGAACUGCGACAUCUUCCAAAACCUGAGCAAGAAGCAGAGGCAGUCGCUCCGCAAAAUGGUCAUCGACAUGGUGCUGGCCACGGACAUGUCCAAGCACAUGAAUCUGCUGGCGGAUUUGAAAACCAUGGUGGAGACCAAGAAGGUGACCAGUCUGGGGGUGCUGCUGCUGGACAACUACUCCGACCGGAUCCAGGUCCUGCAGAACAUGGUGCACUGCGCCGACCUCAGCAACCCCACGAAGCCGCUGGAGCUGUACCGGCAAUGGACCGACCGCAUCAUGGUGGAGUUCUUCCGCCAAGGUGACCGGGAGCGGGAGAAGGGGAUGGAGAUCAGCCCCAUGUGUGACAAGCACACCGCCUCCGUGGAGAAGUCCCAGGUGGGCUUCAUCGACUUCAUCGCCCACCCGCUGUGGGAGACGUGGGCCGACCUGGUGCACCCCGAUGCUCAGGAGAUCCUGGACACGCUGGAGGACAACCGGGAGUGGUACCAGAGCAUGAUCCCGCGCAGCCCGUCCCCACCGCCCGAGGGACCUGGAGUGUCCCCCGCUGCCACCGACAAGUUCCAGUUCGAGCUGACGCUGGAGGAGGAGGAGGAGGGCGAGUCGGACACGGA